AUGUCGAGUUUGGAAGGAGCUUUUGCGCCAAUUGCCAUCCAAAGAAAAAAACAAGACUUGUGUAAGGAAGAAACUCUACUGCUCAGAGCGGCUACAAUACCAAAAGUAUUAGCAUCACAGACUGGCAAAGAUGGUAAAUUCAAGCCUUGUUACCCAGUUCCAUUGCUUGCUGGAAGAUACAAAUUUAUUCAAGUUAUUGGUGAAGGGGAAUCAUCACUCUUAAUUUCAGCAGAGGAUACCUACCAUUUUUAAAAGAAGCAAGUUGCUAUAAAGAUAGUGAAUUUGGAUUAAUCCAGACUUGGAGCUCAGGAGGCAGAUUGCAUUCAACAGCUCAACAAGGCUGAUCCUCUUCAUGUUUCCAGAACUGUCCAGUUGUUUGAGGCAGAUUGCAUUCAACAGCUCAACAAGGCUGAUCCUCUCCAUGUUUCUAGAACUGUCCAGUUGUUUAAUGUUUUCAGUUUUGAGGGCCAUUACUGCUUGGUUUUUGAGCUGUUGAGACCGUUGGCCACUCCAUCAAUACUUUCAGAAAUGUCAGUUUGAUAACAAGGAUGAAAAACUGAAAGUCAACAGGAAAAUAACUUUUCAGCUCUUACAAGCUCUUGGAUUCCUAAGGAGACAGAAUGUCAUCCAUGCUGACUUGAAACCAGAGAACAUUCUU